AUGGCAAGCGGGGUAGGACUCCCUACGACUAACACCAGAACAUCCGGUAGAAUAGGCCAAUAUGGUCUUCAGAUAGGAUACCGAACCCUAUCCGUUCGUGUAGAAGAAAGGGAUCUUCCUGCGAAGCCCAAACCAAGUGCCGAUCCGGCGGACGCGAUCGCCGCCAUCGACGUACACCUCAUUGAUGUUGAGGAUGUCUGCACACGCUACUCUACCCAUCCCACUCGUGGCCUCGAAGACGCCGCUGUCCAACGCAAGGCUAAGGAAGGGAAGAAUGUGAUCAGCUCGCCACCAACUCAAUACUGGAAAAAGGCAUUCAACUAUGUCUUUGGGGGAUUUAACUUUCUCAUGUGGAUCGCCUUCAUUUUGACAUUACUCUCCUACCAACCUCUGGGCGAGCCAAGUCCUCAACCCUUUGUCCUCGGCGUUGCUAUCCUACUAAUUUUUGUCAUUGCCAUUUCCGCUACGUUUUACGCGUUAGUUGACUGGAAUGCUAGUCGAAUCAUGCGGUCCAUCAAAACGCUCAUCGCAGAACACGCGUGUGUUAUCAGAGACGGACAGCAACAGCUCAUACCGGCCGCUGACAUCGUCGUCGGAGAUGUUGUCGUUCUCAAUAGUGGCGAUCGAGUACCAGCGGAUCUGAGGAUAGUGCAAGCCUCAUCUGACUUGCGCUUUGACCGCUCACUCCUUACAGGCGAGAGCGAGAUGAUCCCUGGUGCGCUGGACGCGACAUCUAAGAAUGCGUUGGAGACCCGUAACCUUGCUUUGAACUCCACAUUCGUUACCCAGGGCAAUUGUACCGGUGUCGUUUUCGCCACUGGAGAUCGCAGUGUUAUGGGUCGCCUAGUAUCCAUGUCAGGCGAGAAGCAGUUCAAGCUGACAACCAUCCAAAGAGAAGUGUGGUUCUUUACAAAGAUUAUUUCCUGCUUGGCGCUCUUCUUCUUUGGUCUUUCUCUGCUCUUAUACGGGGUGUGGUUGAGGACGACAUAUCCUGGGUACGAUACGACAAGUACAGCGAUUGUCAAUUCCAUUGGGUGCCUCACGGCCUUCGUUCCACAGGGCUUGCCUAUAUGCGUUGCACUUUCCCUCACGGUUAUCGCGCGUCGCAUGGCGAAGAGGCAGGUUUUGGUGAAGAACCUGGCUACCGUCGAAACUCUCGGCUGCAUGUCUGUCCUCUGCUCAGACAAAACGGGUACCUUGACCGCUGGGAGGAUGGUUGUGCAAAACAUUGCCUUCCUGAAUCAUCAUUGUUCAGUGAAGGUUCUACUCGAGAAGCUUGCUGAAUCAUCAACCCCAGCUGACUUCGCCGCUCUCAAAGUUGUCCAUCAGAUUGCUCGGUUGUGCAACGCGGCAAAGUUUGACGCUGCUGUGAUGGAUUGCCCGAUAGAAGAACGCGCCAUCAAGGGUGACCCAACCGACACGGCUCUCCUCCGAUUCUCUGAAGGGUUGUCGGUUCCCUCGCUUGAUAUCGACACUAGUAGUUUACUGAAGGCGUGGGAGAGGCGUUUUGAGAUUUCAUUUAACUCGCGUAACAAGUGGGCCAUGACUGUGGUUGAGGAUAAUAAUUCCUCCGGGUCGGUGUGGAUGCUUGUCAAGGGAGCACCAGAUGUCCUUUUCCCAUACUGCCAGGACAUCUUACAAGGAGACGGCACGUCGGUGCCUCUGGGCGAUAGCGAACGGGAACAACUUUCUGCUUUGCAGAACAAGUGGUCAAGUGAAGGACAGCGUGUCCUUGCAUUGUCUUUGGACGGCAUCAAGCUUGAUUUACCCCCGAAUACGAUGGAAGAGUUGUUGUAUUCGGAACUCCGAGACUUGACACUUGUCAGUCUCAUUGGCAUCCGCGAUCUUCCCCGUGAUGACGUACCGUCUUCGAUUGAGACCAUCAGAAAGGCCGGUGUUAGGGUGUUCAUGGUCACUGGUGAUUUCAAGUUAACGGCAGUGGCAAUUUCCCGUCAGGCAAAACGUAUCAACACGAUCGCAGACAUUAGAAUGGCGGCAUCGGAAAAAGUACCUACUCGGACUCGGCACGAGAUCAAACCUCGUGACGACGACCCCAUACGCGCUCUAGUUCUUACUGGCGAAGAUGUCUCAUCGUUGACGUCAGCGGAUUGGGACGUUGUCGUCGGGUCGUACAUGGAGGUGGUAUUUGCUCGUACAACCCCGGAUCAGAAGAUGAAAAUCGUGCAAGAGAUCAAGUGUCGGGGUGACAACACGGUCGCUGUCACUGGCGACGGGAUUAAUGACGUGCCUGCAUUGAAGGCGGCAGAUAUUGGCGUGGCAAUGGGUGCAGGAAGCGAUGUUGCCAAGGAAGCAGCUGCGCUCAUUUUAUUGAAGAAUGAUUUCGCAUCUAUUCCUGUUGCAAUUGAAAUGGGUCGCCUUGUAUUCGAUAACUUGAGGAAAGUCUCCCUGUACUUGUUGCCGGCAGGAAGUUAUACAGAAUUCAUGGCCGUCUUCUCCAACGUACUUUUAGGCAUGCAAAUUCCGAUGACUACUUACCAACAAGUCUGUUUCUGCAUUGCUAACGAUGUUGUAAUGUCGAUAUCUCUGAUGUAUGAAAAGGCGGAAUCGGAUCUGAUGUUGCGAAAGCCUAGAAAUGCCAGGAAAGACCGCUUGACGGAUUGGAGGCUCUUCCUUCAAGUCUACCUUUUCAUCGGAUUGAUGUUGUGGCCGUCUGCCAUGGGAAUGUGGUUCUUGUACAUGAGCCGACAAGGGCUUGGUUUCUACGAUGUUAUCCUCGUUUAUAAUAAAUGGCAAGACGGAUGGAAAGGUUACUCGCAAGAUCAGCUGAAUCACUUCGUUAAUGUGGGUCAGUGCAUAUACUAUGUGACGCUUGUGUUCGGACAAUAUGGAGGACUGCUUGCCGUGCGGAAUCGGCGGGUGUCGAUAUUGCAUUCUAACCCAUUCUGGGGACCGCGGAAGAACCUGAUCGUCCCGUGCGGUAUGAUCGCCACAGCAUUGAUUGCUGUGGUUAACCUAUAUGGCCCUGGAAUCCAACACGUCUUUGGAACGACGCCUAUCCCUGGAAUGUAUUGGGGAUUGGCAUUCUGUUUCCCGUUGAUUAUUCUCAUCAUGGACGAACUGAGGAAGUUACUUGUGAGAACGUAUCCAAAGUCAUUCGUCGCCUAUAUUGCUUGGUAA